CUGCGUCGGCCAAUCACAAGCGCGGAUCGAGCUCCGUCAACAAACAAAAGAUCUGCGCUGCGCGAGCUCUUUAUUGGAGACUUUUCUGCUCGUCUAGCUCGACGGAGCCUUUCAAUACUUUGAUCAUCUUUUGGCUUUUUCAACCGCUUGUCGACCCCCCCCCCCGCCACACACCACCUGCGUGACAGGCCGAGCGAGGCAGCGUUCCCGUCUUGUCUACCUUGAGGUCGGCCCAUGUCCACCUGAGCACCUCGCAACGGUCGCUUUGCCUUUUUGGUGGAGGUGGCCGAGCUAAAGGCGCUAGCCGCUCGGCGACAGAGCAGCCCAGGAGCGGCUGCUUCUGGGCCACCUUAGCCCGUUAGCCAGUUUUAGCUUCACCGCGCCUCGCUCAAAUUGACACUGACGGACACCGGCGGCUUGGGCUUGUCACUGACAAGCCACUCGAGCACAGCAUCGAGUAUGUCGGGCUGCGGCUUCCUCAUGUCGGUGGUCGUCCACGGAGACUCGACGCUCAACGAGCAGGAGAAAGAGCUCAGCCAGCGCCUGCGACGCCUUUACCCCGCCGUCAACGAGAGCGAGACGCCGCUGCCUCGUUCCUGGAGCCCCAAGGACAAGUUCAGCUACAUCGGGCUGUCGCAGAACAACCUUCGCGUGCACUAUAAAGGGCACGGCAAGACUCCGAAGGACGCGGCGUCAGUGCGGGCCACGCACCCCAUCCCGGCGGCGUGCGGCGUCUACUACUUUGAGGUCAAGAUCAUCAGCAAAGGCCGAGACGGGUACAUGGGCAUCGGCCUCUCUGCUCAGGGAGUCAACAUGAACCGGCUGCCUGGUUGGGAUAAGCACUCUUAUGGUUACCACGGAGACGACGGCCACUCCUUCUGCUCGUCCGGCACCGGGCAACCGUACGGGCCCACCUUCACGACAGGCGAUGUGAUUGGCUGCUGCGUCAACCUCAUCAACAACACCUGCUUCUACACAAAGAACGGACAUAGCCUCGGCAUCGCCUUCACAGACCUCCCACCCAACUUGUACCCGACGGUGGGCCUUCAGACACCAGGCGAGGUGGUGGACGCCAAUUUUGGCCAACACCCGUUUGUCUUUGACAUCGAGGACUACAUGCGCGAGUGGAGGACCAAGAUCCAGGCGCAGAUUGACCGCUUCCCCAUCGGCGAGCGUGAGGGCGAGUGGCAGUCCAUGAUCCAAAAGAUGGUGGCAUCCUACCUGGUACACCACAGCUAUUGCGCCACCGCCGAAGCCUUUGCCAAGACCACCGACCAGGCCGUGCAUGAGGAGCUGGCCUCCAUCAAGAACCGGCAGAAGAUCCAGAAGCUGGUGCUGUCUGGCAGGAUGGGCGAGGCCAUUGAGACCACCCAGCAGCUCUACCCAAACCUCCUGGAGAGGAACCCGGACCUGCUUUUCAUGCUCAAGGUGAGACAGUUCAUCGAGAUGGUGAACGGGACGGAUAGCGAGGUGCGGUGCUUGGGGGGUCGCAGCCCCAAAUCUCAGGACAGUUACCCCGGCUCCCCCCGGCCCUUUGGCAGCCCCGCCCACAAAGCUGGCAGCUCACAAUCCAACCUGACAGGUGUGGACAGCAACUGCUGCAAUGGCGUGACGUCCAAUCGGAGCCAUGGCUCUGCGCCUCACAGUCAUAAGCCCUGCCCCCCAGGGUCAGAGCUCAGCUUGAACGGGAGCCGAAGCCAGACGACGGGAACCAGCAGUGACGUGGACAUGGAGGUCGAGCACUUCACCAACGGCGUGACGGAGUCGUCCUCUAACGGCUUCCUGAACGGUUCCUCCAAACACGUCAACGAACCGGAUGACUGCGACGCCGACAUGGAGGUGGAAUCCGCUCAGGCGAAACGCCAGCUGUGCGGCGGCAGCCAGGCGGCCAUCGAGAGGAUGAUCCACUUCGGCCGAGAGCUGCAGAGCAUGAGCGAGCAUCUCCGCAGGGAGUGCGGCAAGAACUCUGUCAACAAGAAGAUGCUCAAGGACGCCUUCAGUCUGUUGGCCUACUCAGACCCCUGGAGCAGCCCGGUGGGCUACCAGCUGGACGCCAUCCAGAGGGAGCCUGUGUGCUCCACACUCAACAGUGCAAUACUCGAGACGCACAACCUGCCCAAGCAGCCCCCCCUGGCCCAGGCGGUGGGCCAGGCCGCCCAGUGCCUCGCCAUCAUGGCGCGAACGGGCAGCGGCUCCUGCGCCUUCGCCUCCGUGGACAAUUACCUGCACUAGCAAAACACACACACACACAUACGCGCACACAGUAGUGAACAAAAGUCUUAGUCCACUGUGAAAUUUGCUUUUUUUUAAGCAUUGGUAUUUAUCGAAGAGAAAGUUUUUUUUUUUUAAAUCACCAAGAUGGUGCCAAAGAACUAUUUUUAGUUACUGAAAUUCCCCAACUUGCUCCAAUGUAGUUACUUGAUGACAAGAUGGGUUCAUGUCAAACUGGGACUUCUGAGCUCAUUUCUCUUCUUUCUUGUCACCAAGAUGCCACAAAAUAGUACCAAAGCACCAUUUUGAUUUGAAUGGAACUCCUCAACUUGCAUCAACCUAGUUUCGUGACACCAAAAUGCCACAAGCUGGCCGCAAAACAUUGCUUUUGUCUAACUGAAACUCCUCAACUCAGUACUACAAAGGUGCAUGACAACAAGAUAGCGCCAAAUGUAUGUUUAUGUAAAUUAAACUUCAUUAACUUGGCCAGCAUAGGUCCUUGACAUCAAGAUGGUGCCAAAGGUUUUUGUGUAAAUGAAACCCCAACUCCCUACAAGUAACGACUUGCCAUCAAGAUGAUGUAAAAUAACCUUUUUCUAUUUGAAAUUACUCAACUAAACUUCAACAUAGUUCCUUGACAUGAAGAUGGUGGCAUUC